AACAAGGCCUCGCCUUUGUGCCCACGCUGCGACUUUUCUCUCGGAAAGCACGACGGGAGGCCACGGCUUGAAAAGAAGUGGCCGAAGGCAUUCGGGAACGGCGGUGAACGGUGAAGCCGAGAGACGCGACGACACGGCCUUGCGCGAGCUCGGCCUCGCGAUUUCGUUGCAUAACCACGCGAGCCGACACGGUUCUCUCCGGCCAUCCCAAUUGCCGCUAAUUCGAGUGACGAGCGAGAUUUCGCGGCUCCGCUCGACGAGACGACGCGCUCUCGUACUUUCUCGCGGAAUCUGUGGGAGAUGACAUGGGAAGCUUCCACGGCGACGAGUUCUUCGGCGGAAACUCGACCGCGAUUGCCCGGGAAUCGCCCGGGAGCGACUCGUCGUCGCUGAAGAACCGGCGAGUCGAAACAGCGCGCGGGCCGGAAAGGACGUAGAUUGCCGCUUAUCGCCAUAAGCGACAAACGCAGCAAGAUAACGUCCUGCGAAAGGAUGGGCGAAGUAACAAAAUUCUCGAGCUCAUACGAACGCUCAUACUCGCCGAAUGUUUUUCCCGAGGGAAUCCAUCGACCCGGCCGCGGCGCGGCGCGCGCGCUGACGAUCGCGCGACCUCGUCUUUUCCCCGCGAGGAAGAGGGAGGGGGGCACAGGGCACAUUGUCAGGAUGAUUAAUACAAUGGUCGUCGAGGCAGGAAAUGUCCAAUAGCCGCGGUUGUUCUUUCCGCUCUCUCCUUAUCUCGCGCUUCUUCUCCGCCGCCCGUGCUCGAGUCGCGUCCCUUCGACGACAAGUCGGCGGCACGUUGAUUGCUGCCCGUAGGACCCGCUCUCUCCCUCCAAUCGCAAACUGCAACUAUUCACUUGGUCUGGACUAUAAUUAGCCCAUUAUCGUCCCGUCGGCCAGUAAUUCCCUCGUUAACUUCUAAUGAGCUGCAAUCUGUAUUUCGAGCGGCCACUUUGCCGCCCCCCCCCCCGCCCCCUCCGGCGCCGCCGCUACCGAUCGAUUCGAGAGAGCGGGCUCUCGAGUGUUCGCGCUUUCGCGAGCAACCGCGACCCGCGCGUGAAAAGUCCCUUCUCCCGCGAUGCCGAUCGCGGCUUCGUGCCGCGAGAAAAUAGCGUCGAUGAAUUUUCUGCCGGCGAAAGCGAAACGCACCCACGACACGCAGCGUGUUUCUUCUCUUUUCUCCUCGAAUGGAAAUCUCCAGCUCCAACUCUCGCUUCCAAGCACGGAUGCUGCCGCGCGCGCGGCCGCCUCUCUCCUUCUCGCAGCCUUCUCUCUCUCUCUCUCUCUCUCUCUCCUAUGUAUGCCUCUCUCUUUUUGUCCGCUAAUUGGAGAGUUUGUGUUUCGUAUCGAUUCUCCGUAUCCGUUGAGCGCUGAUAAGGGCCGGAUCUCGGGCCGAAGCGAUUGUCGAGAGUCGUUAACACGUUCAUUUCAGCGUUCGCCAGUUUUGCAGGCUUUUGUCUUCAUCGAUCCUGCCUUCUCUUCCCCGACAAUCGCGAGUGGAAUUUCGCCGUCGAUAUCUCCCGCUUGUUUCGGAUAAUUCUCGAGGUCGGAGAGAGACCUCGCACUUUGGUCGUCGUCGUCGGGACGGGAACAAUCGUCCGUUCGCUGAGAUCGUUACGCGUCGAUAUUUCAUAUCGGCCGGGCCGCGAGCGAUCUUGUCAUUGAUCUUGGGGCGCACUUUGAGAUCAUCAAGAUCUUAACGACUAACGGACGAGGGCAAUAAAUUUGAUUGGGCUGGCAAAUUGUCGGCCGUCCCGAGGAGGAAGAGGCGACGCUCGCUCCACUUCUUCGUAAUGGCCAAUUGUCGCGCGACGGAAUCACCCGAGUGCGUGUCCCAAGUAAACAAUAGAAUCGCUCGCAGAGAGACUGCUUCGUCUGUCUCUCUUUCUCUCGUCGUCGACGCGCUCGCGCUAAUUCCCUCUCAUUGCUUUAACCCUCUUCCGCUUGCCCGUUGCCUCGCGUAAAUAUUUAGCGGUCAAGUCUCUCACCGCGAGAGAAACCGAGACGCGUGUCGACGGGAUAUUCUCUCGCCCCGACCGGGGCUCCACGAGUCACCGCGAACGAGUUUAUGAUCGCGUUAAGGAAAUCAACACUCUGGAAGUGCAACAAUAAUAUGCCCGUCGUGCAGUCCGAGGGAGAAGUCGCAUUGGGACACUCCAGCAGACGGUCGUGUCGAUUAUUUCUCUCUCUUCCAGCCAAAGAAUCGCUUUAAGGAUUUACGAGAGUCUCCGAGUUCGCAGUUUUAUUCUACCAAAGAACGAGAGAGAGCGAGAGAGAGAGAGAGAGAGAGAGAGAGAGAGGAAGAGAGAGAGGAAGAGAGAGAUGUAAACGGUGCUUUAGCAGCGUCGAUCAUUGAAAGCAAAACGAGCGAGGACUCGAGUCACGUUCGACCUCUCCAGAUGAAAUUUCGCAAAACCUCGUCAUCCAGCCCGAAGAUGGAAUUACUCUCGAGGCGUUCCUCGGGCGGCAGGAUCUCCACCUUGAAGAGGUCGAGGUCCUUCCGAGCGUCCGUGAAGCUCAUGUCCAAGAUACGCAAUCACGCCAGUCUGCGACUGGCCGUCGGCUUCGAGCUGUCGCCCAGCUCGAAGAACCCCGCGAAGAAGGAACGCAACCUGUGCGUCCUCGAGGAUUCUCGGCACGAGAAAGCCGAAAAUCCGCAAAAUUCGCGCGUCGACGGCACGAUCGACCGCAAGGACGACGACGACGAGUCGCGUCCUCGAAAGGCCUCGGUGUCGGCGAGCGACGACGCGCGAACCAUCGCGAAGGACCUGAAGAGCAAAUUGUCCCUGACCGACAGGAUAAUGGGCAGAGGUCGCAAAGACGCGGACAAGUCGUCCGUGAAGGACGAGAGCGUCAAGUCGCCAAAGGUCAUUCGCAUCUUUCGCAGGAGGCACAGUGCAGAAAGUUCGCGGGAGAGCAAGAAUCACGACGGCAAACGCGUGUCCUGCGAGCAGGACGCGGCUCAGCAGAGCCAACCAGCGUCCUACGAGAACCCCGUGUUCCUAGCGGACAGCUCGCUAGACUCCUCCGUCUCAAGUUUCCUCUUCGAGGUCGGCGAAGAGGCGCUGGAGGACCAAGAGGAGAGCAAGGAGCAGGAUCGCGAUGGUGGCCGCAACGUGCUGACCGUCAUCGUCGAUUCUCAUCGAGAGGCGAUUAAGCAGCCUCGAUUCGGCCGCAAAGCUAGCUGCGAGCACGAGGAGCAUGUCGAGGAGGACGCGGCGUUCCGUCGCAGGUGCGAGACCGAUCCGUCGCGGUGUCCCUGCAAAGCGAGGAACGGCGAGCGGCAGGAGCGGGCGAGCGCGAGCAGCGGUUACCGCAGGAUCGCCGAGUCCUUUAGCGGCUUUGACCGCUCGCGGUCGCGGCUCUCCAAGUCUCACUGUAAGACGACGCACGAGACGUACGCGGCAAAGGGUGACAAAGCCAGCUGGCUGCAGGAUCAAGGGAGGUCCCUUGACAAUGUCAAGAGAACCGCCGCCGCCUGUCCGCCCUCCAAGUCCUGUGGGAUCAGGACGGUCGAUAACAUUGCGAGCUUUUGGACGAGCGGUAGCUUUCGCAACAAAAUGGCGACCGAGUUACACUCGUUGCAAGGGAUGGAGUUCCUGGAGGGCUUCGGCAAGAGGAAACAGCAGCCCCACCAACAACAACUGAAUAACGUGUCGUCGAUACACAUCAAUCCUCUCUCGGCCCAGUCCCUCAACAUUCACCUGCAUGCUCUAUUCGCGGCUGUGGAACAUGGUCACCUGGAUAAAGCGAGAACCAUUCUGGAGUCCACCGACGUGGACGUGAAUAGCGUUAACAGCGACGGCUUGUCACCGUUGGACGUCGCCGUGCUGAGCAACAACAGGCCGUUGGCAAAAAUGCUGGUAGCGUUCGGCGCGCAGGAGGGAAACCAAUUCAAGUCCCCGGAAUCUUUGGGAAGCCACUUGGCAUCGUUGCUCUCGGAAGCGGAACACCGGGUUCAAGAACUCGGCGGCAGCACUUCCGGCAGCGGUGGGACCACUCUGCUGGAACCACCCAGUAGCCAUAGGGCCAGUUUUUCCACGCAACACAAUAACCUCACAGGAUGCGGCGGUAGCACGGAGGACAAGCAGCUUGCCCUGUGGGAGAGGAGAGCCAGAGCUCUGAGAAAAAUGCUGCUGGGUUUCGACCAAGCGAGACCGCCCGACAUGCCUUUUUUGGUCGCGGUCGAUGUUACCGGCACGACCUCGGUAACGGUGAGGUUUCAAGAGCCAGACUCGCACGAUUCUCCAAUCUGCACAAAGUUCAAGGUCCAGUGGAGCCUGCACGACGACUUCUCGGUAGUUUGCGGCGAGAGGGAGGUCUUGGACAUGAAGCAGAGGGAGUGUCGCAUUGAGGGUCUAACCCAAGGCCAGAGGUAUCACUUUCGCGCCGCCGCCGGAAAUUUGAAGGGUUACAGCAGAUUUAGGAACUCGACACCCGCGCACGUGACACCCAGUAGUUGGAGGGACAUUGACGGCAGGGUGCCGAGAUUCGCGGGACGAUUGGAGCAACUAAACACCCUGUUCACCGACAUCAGACGACCAGAGUACACGCAGGAGACGCCGGCGGUGCAAAGGCGGAAUCACAAGAAGAAGACGACGAUCAAGCAGCUGUUCACGGCGACGAGCAAGUUCCAGAAGAAUCUCAGGCGAGGGGUGUUCCUCGCCUGCCUGCUCUACCACGAGGACAAAGUCCUGGUGACCAACGAGGACUUUUUACCCGUCAUCGAGGUCGACGAGACGUACCCGAGCUGCAUCUACAAUGACUUUCAUUGGCUCAUGAAAGUCGCCUGCACCUGGGACGACGUCAAGUCCCUCCGGCAGGACAUGGAAAAGAGCCACAGCAGCUCGACCAACCACUUUAGGAUAAAGCUGCUUCAGGCUGCCGCUCAAAUGCAGGCCGCGCUGUGCACGCAGGACCUGGGACAAUUGUACCACAAGCCCAUCAGAGACAUUCAAGGUACCCUCGUGUUCUCGACGGUGAAUUACGUCAAGUCACCGAAACUGGUCUCCGUACUGAACAGCAGGUGGCUGCCGCUCAGUAAGGUCAUCAAGAAGAUCAUAACGCACGAGGAGAGCAACGUGGCCGAUAUCCUGAUGGCCAGCAUACAAGAGCAAAUGACAUAUCACCAGGUGAGCGGCAUCAAGCUGUCCAAGGGCCUGUACCUCGGCUACUUGAAGAUGCAGAGCAGCGUGGACCUCAUCCAGGUCGUCGUACCGACCAAGUCGCCAAACGUCUUACCGCACUGCAAGAUCCGCGACAAUCCGCACGUGUCCGCGGAGGAGUGGGACUACCUGAAGAGGGUGACGCGCAUUUGCCAGUCCGAGUCUUUUGUGAAAGAGUCGGAAGAGAAGGAGAACGUAACAAACGAAUCUCAAGGCACGGAGCAGCAGAAGCUGUUUGUUGACCUGGUCGCCGCGACCGCGCGGCGACUGUUCAACUACAUGGAAAUCAACCUGGAAGACUCGCUGGUGCAUCGGCUGUACGACGCUGAGGUGAUCGAUCUGACGCACGACGUGUCCUUCCUAAUCGCCGUGCCGCCGGCCGAGACCGCCUGCUGCGUGCCCGGCACGCGGGAGAUCCUGCUGCAACGCGGGGACCUCCUGUCCUUGCCGAUUCAGGUGUUUGAGAUGGUGCACCUGAACACCUACCAGAAAGACGUGAUCAACCGUUACUCGCGACUCAGCUGCAUUCUCGAGCUCGACACGGCGCAGGCCCAGCACAAUCACAGAGAGGCCUUCAGCUCGUUGGAACUGAGCGUCGCCAAGGACAAGCUUGCCAGGCUGCAGGAUCUCCAGUCGCAGGUCAACACGGUAUGGAAAGGUGCCAGGUGGCUGAUUGACGUGAUCACCUUUGCGAGAGAUCGCGGCUCUUCCCAGCAAAACGCCACAUCGCAGGCGAUCGGCAUCUGCAUGAAGUACUUGCUCAGCCUCGACAGGAACAAAAACAACUGCAGUAGCAGCAGCAGCAACAACAACAGCCUGAAACGGAGUCUGCUGCAACUACCACCUAGAGAUCCCAAGCUCGUCAAGUCGAGCCCCGGCCGAGGCAGUUGGCCGGGGCCCAACUUGUCCAACUCGUCGUCCAAUCUGCUGACAACGGAAUUCAGCAAGAGCGAGCAGCAGCUGCCCAGCGGCCAAUACGUGCGCAAAGGCAGCAAUACGUCCAACAUGUCGACCAGUUCAGAGCCGCAAAAGUCGUGCGCGCCCAUGAGCAGCAGCAGUAACCUCACGACCACCGGCAGCGCGAAUCACCUGAUACCGCUGCAAAACACACGGCUACCACCCUCCAAAUCCGAGGACACGCUGAUCCUCACAAAGUACAAACACAGCCCGCGAAAUCGAUCCGCCACCAUCACCUCGGCCUCAGCCAGCACUAGCCCGUUGCUGAGCAUCAAGCCCAUCAUCUACGGCGGCUCGUUGCUGAGCGUCUCCACGGCGAUGACCAACACCACGAGCCUGAUCAGCGUCAGCAACACAAACUCGGACAGUCUGCACUCGCUGAGCAGCGACGAGUACACCACGCCGAACUCCAGCGUCUGCGUACUCAAGUCCGGUCACACGGUCAAGGUGAAGACGUCCAAGCCGACAGUGAGCGUCGCGGCGAUGGCCACCGCGUCGCAGGACGCGCAGCUGGACGAGGAGAAGGAAGAGGCGACGAUGAUGCCGGCGCCUUUGCCGGGCAUUCUCCAGGUUUAUGCGGCCUACGAGACUGGUUUAGCGGCCGGCACCAGCCUGAAAUUGCACGUAACACCAAGGACCACUGCACGAGAAGUUGUGGAUCUCGUCGUCAAACAGUUGAAUAUGGCGGUGGUGCUGAAGGGUCAAGAGGGGCCUAUCUACACGGCCGACGAGCUACCAAACUUUUGUUUAGUUGCCGUAAUUGGUGCGCGCGAACGUUGCUUAAGGGACGACUUUAAACCCCUUCAACUGCAGAAUCCGUGGAAGAAGGGGCGAUUAUACGUUAGGCAAAAGCAGGAUGUUCUCGCAGCCCUCGAGCACAGUAGUAAGCACACUGCGUACUUAUAGCACAAGUAAAGCGGUGUCUGUGUGAAUAAUAUAAUCUACAUUAUCUCUUUCUCUCUCUCUCUCUCUCUCUCUCUUUCUCUUUCUCUUUCAUUAUUGUAAAUGAAACCUCAGCAAGUCUAUACGCGUAAACGUCACCGAUAUAUCCUUUGCGCAAUCUGCGAUCUGGUCGGUCAUUUUCAACGGUGCUACCGAGGAAGAGAAAUAUUUCGCUCGAUGGAAAGAGUUUAUUCUAGAAAAAAGAAAGAUGGUUGUAUAAGUCGUGACUUGUACAACUGUGAAUCAAGUGUAUAUUCACGAAAUUAUUUGACGAGGAAAAAGGGGAAAAAUAAUCAUUGAAUAAGCGAUAUUAGCCGCGUAAGAUUUAACGAGCUUCGUAAAAAAAAGAUUGAUCGCUUGUUAAAAUAGACGUUCCGUAUUUUACACUUUAACUAAAUUUGUUGUCUCCCCAUCUCUCUCUCUCUCUCUCUCUCUCUCUCUCUCUC